CGGAAUUAACUAUUCAACUUAGUGUGCGCCGAAGAGCCACAAAUUCCUGUUUUUGCUUGGCUACUAUUAAGCAAAACUUUGAAAAUGUCAAAUCUGUUCAAUCAACAGUUUGAUCCUUCAGAUGAAACAGAAGAAGAAUUUGGGGGCAAGUUGACUAAAAACAAAGUACACAUUCGAAUCCAACAAAGAAAUGGUCGAAAAACUAUAACAACUUUACAAGGUAUUGAUGAAAAGUACGAACAAAAAAAACUCGCGAAAGCUUUUAAGAAGGAAUUUAAUUGUAACGGAACUGUUGUUGAGGAUGAACAAUAUGGAGAGGUUAUUCAAUUGUCAGGAGACCAGAGAAAUAACAUUCAGCAAUUUUUGAUCGACGUUGGAAUUUGUAAAAAAGAUGGAAUUGUUGUCCAUGGUUUCUAAAUUUAAUGUUUUCCCAAAAUUUCUUCAAUAAUUUCUUUGACUGCCGAAAUAUAAAGAAUUUAAAAUAUAUAUGAACUGUAUGUAGUAUAGUAAUGUAUAUGAACUAGUUGUUUAUAUGGUAAAUGUCUUUGUAUUUUAAAAGUUUUCAAUGUUGAAGAAUACAAUUUUGUAAACAAAAAAUCAGUUGUAGUGUAAUUGGUUUUGAAUCAGUAAAAAACUGAAAAUUAA